GUAUCCGACAGAUUUGACGCCAAAUUGAUUGUUCUCGACUGCAAAUCAAUCAUGUGUCCUGGAUACACUGCGGUGCUUCAUAUGCACUCGACCAUGAAAGAGGUGCGACUCCGAACCAUCAUUUGCAGAAUUGAUAAAAAGACCAAUCAGAAAACAGAGAUUAGACCACGGUUCAUCAAACAAGAUGAUGCUGCUGUGGUCCGGUUUGAG